GAAAUAGGGUUUUACUUCAAAGAACUCUCCCACUCUUGCGCCAACAUGAAGCGAACUGACAUUCCCAAACAACAUGUCUUCUUCUAUGACGCAAUCUGGAAACAGGAGAUGGACAAGAUGUUACUCAACAAAAUUCUCAUGAUAGAGCAGGAGACCGGGAUUAAAGCUGGGGCUGGAGUUCAUAGUCCAACGGUAAUACGACAUGCAAUGGAGGACAUUAACAGGGUGUUUAACAAAUCAAUCGGUUUCGUCGACAUCAAAAAUAGGCUGGUGGCGCUAGAGGGACGUUAUGAUACCUUCCAAAAAAUUAUGCAAAUGAGCGAAACUCGUUGGGAUCGGGAACUAAACCGUAUAUUUGCAACCGAUGUAGUUUGGGAUAAGAUAUUCUCGGAGAAUGUUUGGGCUCAAGCUUACUAUUAUUCUGGAGAACCGGAGUAUAACAAGAUGUGCGCCUUGUUUGGCCCUAAGCACAUUAAGAUGGAGCCAACUCAUGAAGUUAUCGAGAUCGGUUCUACGAUGAAUACUAUUGUCAUAUCCGACGACGAUGAAGUUAGCUCUCCGGUGGUUAAUGUCAAAGGUAAAGUCACCCGUAAGCUGUGUUAUGAUGACUCGGAGUCCAGCUCCGUCCCUCAGAAACGAAGUACUGGAAUUGCACCGAACAAUUUGUUCCCACCCCGUAACUCCUUCCAUUCAAAGCAGUAUGCCGAAGUCUCUGCCCCCGAACCAAACGAAGCAAGUUCUUGUGCUAGUUGUAGUCCAUUUAAGUAGCUAACAUGAACUCAUGAUGCAUGUGUUCCUAUUUGAAAAUUUAUGUUUGUGUUUCUGUUUUUAAACUUUUUGGAUGGGCUGUUAGGUUAAUUGUUCUGCCCAUGUUCAUGGUAUUUCGCUUUCAAGUCUCCAUUUGUAUACCAUGUCUUUUUUUGUGGGUUAAAGCCGUAAAGAUCUGCGUCUUAAGAACCAUUUGCUUAGUAGCAGUGUCAAUGCUAAUUUC